AUGACCCCGCAGUCACCAACGUCGCACGCAGAGCGGCCCAGGGGUAUUCUCAAGAAUUCUAAUUCUUACCGUACGCCAACCUCCCCCACCCACGAUGCCCCACCAGCCACAAGUCCCAUCCGUGAGCGCCCGCAACUUGGGCGCGAGUUGUCGGAGAAGGAAAUUGUGCUAGAGAACACGCUGCGCAAUGCAGGUCCCGCCGCCCACCGCCGCUCGUCCUCGAAUGCCCGUGGUCCUAUCUCACGACGCCAGUCGGGCGUCGGCUCGCAUGUCGAUGAGAACAACACACAACUCAAGUGGGACGAGACCAAUCUCUACCUCAACGAGCAAAAUCGCGACAGCACCAUGAAGAUCGACGAGCCCAAAACACCCUAUGCUAAGCAGUACGAUCCACUGGAGGACGAAGAGGAGAUCGAGAUGCUGAAUGCGGAGGACCUCAAAGUCGACGAACUCGAUGCGAGAUCCAAGCGAAAGCCCAAAAUGGACGACAUUCCCGAUUUCGAUCUGGGCGAACCUGAACUGCAGGCGCGAGGGGCAAUGACGCCUGAGAGCGAGAAACGGGUCAUGGUUGAGGAGGGAGCUGAGGAGGAUACGGGAUACCAUGGCGAGCUUCUCCCAAAUGCGACACAGGAAGAGAGGGAAAAACAUCGCCAGUUCGAGAACAUGCGCAAGAAGCACUACGAGAUGAAAAACAUCAAGGACAUACUCGGCCACCCAGAAUCUCUCGAAGACGACCAAUAG